AUGGCUUCUGCUAGUGCUAAUAAAAGACGUAGAGCUGAAACUGAAAGUGGAAGAGGAGGUCGUAUAUUUAACCCAUCUUGGACAAAUGAAUAUUUUGUAAUGGAGCAAAAUAAUUCAAUUAUGUGUCUCAUUUGUUUUGAAAAAAUUGCCGUGUGCAAAAUGUAUAAUGUUAAUAGACACUAUACUACAAAACAUGCAGCAACUUAUGAUAAAUUCAAGGGCCAAUUUCGUGUUGAUAAGGUAGAACUGCUAAAGAAAAAUUUUAUCGGGCAACAAUCAAUAAUGAAAAGUAAAGUAAUUAGCUCAUACAGUGCUACCAAAAUAAGUUUUUUAAUUGCAGAAAAUAUUGCAAAAAGUGGUCAACCUUUUUCUACUGGAGAUUUAAUAAAAAACUCUAUAAAACAAUUUUGUAAUGAGACAAUUGCAAGAAGGGUUGAAGAUCUAUCAAAGAAUAUUGAAUUAGCAUUGAAAGAAAAACUAUGUAAGUGUGAAGCAUAUAGUCUGGCACUUGAUGAAUCAACAGAUAGAAGUGAUACGGCUCAGUUAGCUAUUUUUAUUAGAUUUAUAACAAGUAAUUUUGAAAUAAUUGAAGAACUGUUGGAUUUCAGGCACAUGAAAGGCACUACUAAAGGGGAAGAUAUUCUUUCUGAAGUCAAAAAAACAAUGAUAAAGUUUGAUUUGCCAGAAACAAAACUCUCUGGUGUCACUACAGAUGGAGCAAGUUCAAUGAAAGGAAAAAAUAUUGGAUUUGUGGCAUUAUUUAAGAAAUCCAUUAAUCACAACAUUCUUUCAUAUCACUAUAAAGACACAAGCUUUCUUGAAAAUAAUGACUGGCUGAAUGAUUUGGCAUUUUCAGUUGACAUUACACAGAUGUUAAUGGAAUUAAAUAUCAAGUUGCAGGGUAAAGAUCAACUUAUUAGUAAAUUAUAUGAAAAUGUAGAAACAUUUGUUUUGAAAUUGAAACUUCUCAAACAACAAUUAAGUCAAAAAUCACUUAUCCAUUUUAAAACAUUGUCAGAAAGAAAUACCAACACAGUUGACUAUGAAAAAUAUUGUAAUCUUAUUUUUAAAGUAAUUGAUGAAUUUGACACAAGAUUUUGUGAUUUUAAAGAAGUAAAGAAUGAGUUAGACUUAUUUUCACAUCCAUUUUCCAUUAAAGUUGAGACAGUAAGAGAUGAAUUUCAAAUGGAAUUAAUAGAACUACAAAACAAUAAAGAUUUGAAAGAUGCUUACAAAGAUGUUGAAUUGUUAGAACUUUAUAAAAAAUACAUGAACAUUGAAGUUUAUCCACAUUUGUGCAAACACGCUAUGAAAUACUUUUCCCUUUUUGGAAGCACAUACAUCUGUGAACAAUUUUUUUCAAGAAUGAAACAUGUUAAAUCAGAGCAGAGACAUAGGUUGAAAGAUGAACACCUCACUGAUACACUUCGGAUUUCAUCGUCCACUAUAAAAUCUGACAUUGAUCAAUUGUGUAAAAAUAAACAAUGCCAAGUUUCCCAUUAA